AAGAGACAUGGAAAAAGGGACAAAGCUUGUUUAAUUUACAAGUGUUCCAAGAUCUGCAGGUGCAGUUUUCCGGCAAGGAUCCAUUGCCAAGAACAGCUUGCAGCACUGGUGGAGUCUCUUGUAAGAUUCUUUAUCAUUGAUAUGCAAGCUCAGACUGCCAGAGAUUUGAAGGAGACUUUGCUCAAGGAACCAAGAAGCCUCCCAUUCUCGAAUCAUGUUUCAGACGCGUUGACUCUGUCUCCAUACAAGAAAGCAGUUUUGCUAAUAAUCAACUUGGUACACCAACAAGUAACAACAUCACUAGUAGGAGGAGCUGCAGUAGGUGCUGUGUUUGGAGAACUGCUAAAAGCGGUCCUGGCAAUGAAAGACAAGGCCAUGAUGUUCAGACAAACCUUAGCGCACCUGAGAACAACGUUAACAGCAAUCGCUCCUGUGGUCAAAGAGAUAGAGAACCACAACAAUGAAUUGGGUCGUCCAAAGGAAGAGCUUGAAUCCCUCAUGAGAGAAAUGGAACAAGGCACCAAGCUCGUCUACAAGUGUUCCAAGAUCCGCAAGUUGAAUUUCAUCGCCAGGAUCCGGUACCAAGAACAGCUGGUGGCGUUGGUAGAAUCUUUGGUCAAGUUCUUCAUGAUUGACUUGCAGGCUCAGACAGCCAGAGAUUUGAAGGAGACUCUGCUUGAGGUCAGGAAAAUAAGCAGUGAAGUGAGUAAAUUAUCCUCUGCAUCACAUUUACGGUGCUCUUCUUCUGGUCGCGUCUCUUUAUCCGCUGAUUUGGGCCAUUUAGAGAUACACGAAACAAGUUCGCCGUCUUUGGGAUCUAAUGCUUUUGUGAAUCGCCAGAGCCAAUCCAUUUUCAACACAAACAUCAAACCCGAGUCAAGUAGUCCAACUGACUCUGUUACAAUAACGUUCCCCGAUUUCGAAGGGUCUUCUAGUAAUUUCCAUAUUGAUGAGUUGUUAGGUGCUUCGGGUGAGGCUCUUGGGAUGACGAGUUAUGGAACGUUUGCUUACAAAGCAAUGUUGGAGGAUGGGACGACGCUGGUUGUGAAGAGGCUGAGAAAUGUGGUGGUGGGGAAGAGUGAGUUUGAUCGGCAGUUGCUGAUUUUGCAAAGGCUUUCUAGGCACCCGAAUAUUAUGCCCCUUCUUGCUGGCUAUUAUUCCAAGGAUGAGAAGUUGCUCAUUUACGACUACAUAGCCAGCUGCAACCUUUCCGAUCUGUUGCAUGAGAAAAGGAAGAAUGGAAUGCCACUACUAGAUUGGGAUUUGAAACUGAAGAUUUUACUUGGAGUUGCAAAGGGUGUUGCUCAUAUCCACUCAUCAACUGAAGGAGAAUUUGUUCAUGGCAACAUUAGCACAUCCAAUAUACUUGUCACAGCAGAUAUUAAAGGUUGCAUAUCGUAUUUUGGCUUGCAUUCUAUAUUCAGUGGCAAAUCAACCAACCUUUUUACACGAAAUAAAGGGUAUUACGCGCCGGAGGUUAUUCGAACUGGAAUUCUGACUCAAAAAUCUGAUGUGUACGGAUUUGGUGUUGUUCUUUUUGAGAUACUAACUGGAAAAUUGUCAUCUGAGUAUAAUAAUAAUGAUCUUCAGAGCUCAUUUAACAAUUCGAUUCGCGAUGACAUGCAUGGUCGAAUGCUAAAGAAGAUGAUGAUACUAGCAGAGGCAUGCAUGGCAAUAUCACCUGAAUUGAGACCUUCCAUGGAUGAGGUUGUUAAGAAACUGGAAGUAGUCCAAGUUGUUGUGUCAUGUAUUGUGUAUGGUUUGAAGCCUUUUCCAUAUUGAGCAGAAUUUAAAGUGGUUAUUAUAUACUCUUUUGUUUUUGAAGGAAAGAGAGGGUUAAAUUCAUGAGGAGCAAUGAUAUUUAUCCCUGCCGUAUUUUGUAUAUGGUUUGAAGCUUCUUCCAUUCACACUAAAUUUGGAUUAGUAAAUGCCCAUUUUGCUAGUCCAUGUGCUACCCUAUUUCUAUUUCAUUUCACAUGAUUGAAACUAAGUGAUCUAAAUUCAGCAAUCAGAGAGAGUGUAUCGGCAAUGAAUGACCAAACCAAGUGUCAUCUAGCUUACCUUGUUUGAGUGUUUUCACCACUUCCAGGUUUUCUUCCAAAUACACUCUUCUUCAUUCCUACUCUCUGGAUUGCUUGAUAUGUGUUGGUUUUGGGCUUUCAGUUCAUUGUAAGUUAGUUUCACUCUGGACACUCCAUCUCUGGUUGUUUUUCAAAUGAAUUUAUCUUCUUGGUCUAUUCUAGGUAGGAGAACUUUCAUGAUUUGCUAUGCUUCAAAGGAUAGAAAUAUCUGUGUUAUGAUUUUCUCAUUUCAUCUGUUCUUUUGCAUGCAUCAAUUCUGAUACUGUUGCGUCUGGUUCUAAUAUUGAUGGAGGGAUCCACGGCUUAAAGACAUUAUGUUUUGGGAGCCAAAGAUCAGUCCAGAUUCUAGUGUUCCUUCCGUUCCAAAUCUUCAAGUAUCCCCCAAUUUCAAUCACGUUUUUAACUUGCCAGAUGCUCCUCCUAAGUGUAGCUUGGUGUGAAACCUAGGUUUGAUUGGAGAAUAUUUUUCUUUCUAUAAUACUUGUUUUUCAAUAGUUCUAGCACUUCGGAUACCGAGAUAUCGACACAAAAAUACAAAAUUGUAUUUGAUAAAUAAGAUAUAAACAGAAUCAUUAAAUUAGUGUAUUUUGUAU